AUGCCAGGGUGCUCCUUAGAGGAGGACGGGACUCAUCUCCUGUGUUGCGCUCUGCCUUCUCAGCCUGCCACCCACCUGCCUUUGGGCAUCCAGCGCAGACUAACAGGUCCCCGAUUACUGAAGCGUCACCUCUCACUUCCCAGUAAAAUCUCCGCAGCCCACUCGGACUGCAGCCUGUUUGCAGCCGGUCCUCCCAUUGCAGCAACCAGGGCGACGGAGAGAGAGGAGGCGCGCAGGGAACAGAAGACAGUGGAGGGCAAACUCUGUGGCCCUGCUCGGAGACCAGGAUGGGGAGAGGCGGCUCCAGGGGAGUGCGCACCACAGGUAAACAGGCUGGAGAGGAGCGGGGCGCUGCCGCUGCCGCCUUGGCCACCCUGCGAUUUCCAGGCACGCAACUCCGCCUCCAGGGCUCUCUCCCUCGCACUCUCGCCCAGCCGCUUGCUCGCAGCCUCAGCAGCCGCCGCAGCAUCACUUCACACAAAGGACUGUUACCCGCUGAGCAGCUCCUCCACCUCCACGUCCUCCUCCAGUGACAGCAGCCCCGACAGCAGGGUUCUGGUGCGGCGGCGGCGCCCGGGAGAACCUGUCACUCUCAGCAACCGAGGCGCCGCGCGCUCCUGGCCGCCGCUACUGCCGCUGCUGCUCCUGUGGACCGCGGCCCUGGCUCCGGGGGCGGCCGCCGGCGACGAGGCGGCUCCCGCGGGGGCCUCGGUGUGCUACUCGUCCCCGCCCAGCGUGGGCUCGGUGCAGGAGCUGGCUCAGCGCGCCGCGGUGGUGAUCGAGGGAAAGGUGCACCCGCCGCCGCGGCAGCAGGGGGCACUCGAAAAGAAGGCGGCGGCGGCGGGCGAGGCAGGGGCGUGGGGAGGCGAGCGCCAGCCGGCGGCCGCGGGCCCGGGGCUGCAGGAGCUGCCUACGGAGGACCCGCUGCCCUUUGCCAACGGGACCCUGCCCUCUUGGCCCUCAGUCCCAGCGCCCAGCGCCAGCGAUCCCGGGGAAGAGGCGCCCUAUCUGGUGAAGGUGCACCAGGUGUGGGCGGUGAAAGCCGGGGGCUUGAAGAAGGACUCGCUCCUCACCGUGCGCCUGGGGGCCUGGGGCCAUCCGGCUUUCCCCUCCUGUGGGAGGCUCAAGGAGGACAGCAGGUACAUCUUCUUCAUGGAGCCUGAUGCCAACAGCAGCAGCCGCGCGCCAGCCGCCUUCAGAGCAUCUUUUCCCCCUCUUGAGACCGGACGGAACCUCAAGAAGGAAGUCAGUCGAGUGCUGUGCAAGCGGUGCGGUAAGUUCCUCGCCCCCCGGGGUGCGCUCGGACAGGGCGGAGAGAGUGCGGGCCGGGCGCGGCGGGCGCACUGGUGGGGCGCGGCGGGCACCGAGGGCUCCUCCGGCCCCUUGGCCCCAGCUGACAUUCCGGGAGCUGCCAGUUUUGGAUGGUGUUAG